CACCAUCGUUGGUUUUAUCGGCCGAAAGCAAACAGAAGACUUAUUGAAACAGUGUCUACGGGGUACGUUCAUGCUGCGCUUCUCCGAUUCUGAGCUGGGGGCGUCACCAUUGCGUGGGUUGGAGUUUCGCAUUCUUCCGUGACAGAUUCAAGUGAAGUUUUUAUGCUACAACCCUUCACGAGCAAGGAUUUUGCCAUCCGCACGCUGGCCGAUCGUGUUUCGGACUUGAAACACCUAAUCUAUCUGUAUCCUGACAUACCGAAAGACCAGGCGUUCGGCAAAUACUACACGCCGUUUACCGACAGCCAGACGCCCACCAACGGUUACGUCAAGCCAUUGCUCGUUACUCACGUACCUGGUUGGAGUAGUGGUGGUGGUAACCUGGAAACGGGUAGCUACCCGCCAACGCCGCAAGGGUUCUACAACCCACAGGUUCUGCCAACAACAGAGUGGCAGCUUUCUCCUCGUAGAAGUGAUUACGUACUUUCCUACGUCGGCCGUAAUGGUCGGGCAAUGUCCUACGGUACCAUUCAACCCUAUUUAGAUUCCAGGAAACAUCUAAAGUUACAAACCGGACAUACCGUUACCGUCAUCGCACUUCAUGGCCAGCGUAUUCAAAUAUCAUGCUCGGUUAUCAACCUCACUAGCAGCGGAAGUUAUUUGGAAUUCAGAGAGAAAGACGGAGACAUCGCUAAACAACCUGUCAUCAACCGAGUGUACACAUCAAAGAGCAAUACAAUGGCCGUCUAUUCUCAAAUCGUCAAAGAUGCUGAUUGGUUUAAUUGCAAGUGGAAGACCACCGAUUCCUAUCCCAUCCAUAAACUUUGUCGUGACAUCGAGGCAAAAACCAUUAAUGGAGCCAUCCAGUCCAUGGAUUUAGCAGAAGAAUCGCACAGAUUUUGCACGUUCUCGAUCGUCGUACCUCUUGAUCAACACGUUCAAAUAUCUUGCUCUGUCGUUAGCCUCGCCAGCGGAUGCGGAUUGAAAUUCCACGAGGAAAGGGGCUGGAUGAACGAGGCCGGCUUGAUUUCUACCCGGCCAAUCAUAGACAGGAAUUAUACUUCAAAAGGAAAUAAAAUGUUCAUACAAGCUGAUAGCUUCGACAACAAACGAUGUCGGUUUGACUGCACGUGGAAGACGACCACAACACCUACAUACCGACUUUGUUUUUAUAAGAGAGCAAAAUCUCUCAAUGGAACCAUCCAACCAUUAGACGAUGCAGGAAUGGAUGGGCCUAGAUUUUGUCCCUUUACCAUUACCGCAGCACGCACUGAUCAGUUGAUACGAAUUUCAUGCUCGGUCGUCAAACUCACAACUGUACUAAGUUCACUGAGAUUUUACGACGGGCGGGAUGCCGGAGCCAAUGUUAUUGCUUAUCCACCAAUCGCCAACAAAGUUUACACUUCAAAAGGUAAUACACUUGUUGUAUUUUCCUGGAAGUUUGAUGAUGACUGGUUUGAUUGCGAGUGGGCGACUGUUCAAGCAUCUAGUUAAUUCUACUAUUGUCAUGAAUUGGGAUGAUUUCAAGGUUCGGACGUCUUGGAUGGUACUAUUUAACUCAAUAAAGUGUAUUGGACUUUGA